CACCUACCCCUUUCUUUUUUGAUUCUUAAAUAAAAGCUAAUGUUCGGUGUUACUCGAUCAAUUCAAAGAGGUGCAAGUCGUUUGCAAUUGACCGCUAAGAAGGGUCAUAACUAUUAUAAAGGUACCGGUUCUGGUGCGAUGGGUAGACAUACGAAAAAGGGUGGUUAUAUAGUUGAUUGGAAUAAAGUGAGAACUUUCGUAGUGCCAGAUCUAGAAGGAUUCGCACUUGGUCCUUACGUAUCGAGAAAAACACCCCAAUUAUCCAAAGUAAACAAUAGCUCAACAACUACUGCUUAAAAACUGCGUAUUCUAUGCAUUAAUUGUACCGCAUACAUAGUCUUCAACACAAAGUGCAUAUGAAAAAACUUGUUUUUAUUAUUUGACAAUUACCCCUCCCCCCCCCUGUACAGUUUUAA